AUGGCACCUCACAAGGACAAUGAGCAUGGCGUUCCCACCUACUGGGGCCAGUCCGGAAAGGCCCUCCAGUUUCUCGUCGCUGUCAUUGCGACCACCGACUUCUUGCUCUUUGGUUAUGAUCAGGGUGUUAUGAGUGGUAUCAUUUCCGCUCCGGCUUUCACCAAGGCUUUCCCCGAAGUCGAUGGAGACAGUACCUAUGAGGGUUUCGUUACCGCCAUCUACGCCGUCGGAUGUUUCCUCGGUGCCUGCUUCAUCUUCUUUGCUGGAGACAGGCUUGGUCGUCGCAAGGCUAUCUUCCUGGGUGCUGGCGUCAUGAUCAUUGGUGUCAUCAUUCAGAUCACAUCGAUGCCCGUUUCUAGCGGCGCAACAGCACAGUUUAUUGUUGGAAGAUGCAUUACAGGUGUUGGCAACGGUAUCAACACUUCGACAGUCCCCACUUACCAAGCUGAGUGCUCGAAAGCUAAGAAUCGUGGCAAGGUCAUUUGCUUCGAAGGUGGCUGCGUUGCUGUUGGUACUCUCAUCGCCUACUGGAUCGACUACGGAUGCACUUACGGUCCCGAUGACCUCACCUGGCGCUUCCCUAUCGCGUUCCAGUGCGUCUUUGCCAUCAUUGUCUUGAUCCUUAUGGUUCAAAUGCCUGAGUCCCCUCGCUGGCUCCUCAGCCACAACCGACAAGACGAGGCCCGAACGAUCUUGGCUGGUCUGGACGGUCUUCCCCGUGAUGAUCCUGAAAUCGACGUGCAGAUGACCGUCAUCUUGGAAGCUAUCAAGGUUUCUGGUCAAGGAAAGACCAAGUUCAGUGACCUGUGGACCGGCGGCAAGACCCAGCAUCGCCGCCGUACGAUUUUGGGUGCAUCCUCGCAAAUGAUGCAGCAGCUUUCCGGUUGCAACGCCGUCAUCUACUACUUCCCCAUUCUCUGCCAGUCUGCUCUUGGUACUACGCACAACAUGGCUUUGUUGUUGGGAGGAAUCAACAUGGUCGUCUACGCCAUUUUCGCGUGCACUUCGUGGUACCUUGUUGAGCGCUUUGGCCGCCGCAAGCUCUACCUCGUCGGCACCCUGGGACAGAUGGUUGCGAUGAUCAUCACUUUCGCUUGUCUCAUUCCUCCUUCCGAGACUGGUGCCGCCAACGGUGCUGCUUUCGGUCUGUUCCUCUACAUUGCCUUCUUCGGUGCCACCUGGCUUCCGCUCCCAUGGUUGUACCCCGCCGAGAUCAACCCUCUCAAGACUCGUGCCAAGGCAAACGCCACCUCAACCAUUCAGAACUGGCUCUGGAACUUCUUCAUUGUCAUGAUCACUCCUGUCUUAGUUUCCCAGAUCGGCUGGGGCACCUACCUCUUCUUCGGUGCUCUCAACGCCAUCUUCAUUCCCUUCAUCUACUUCUUCUACCCUGAGACCGCCGGUCGCUCGCUCGAAGAAAUCGAUCUCAUCUUCGCAAAGGGUUACACCGAGAAGAUUAGCUACGUCAAGGCCGCCCAGGAGCUGCCCUCUUUGGAUGAGCAGCAUAUUGCCCAAUAUGCGCGCGACAACGGUUACCUGGAUGGUGAUGAAGAGAGUGGCAGCGACGGCAGCUUGAAGGAGAAGCCCGUUACCAACGAGAACCUUACUCUUCAGACGAACGCGCAGGCGUAA